GGGAAUGAAAAAAAAAAGAAAAAAAGAAUGGACCAUAAGCCGACUUGACGAAGCAUCAAAUUAUAGCGAGCGCUCGACGAACAACAAAAACCUCCGACAACAGGUGCCGACGGCUAAUCUCCGACGCAAAUUGGGUUUGGUAACCGAUUGAAGCUAGGGUUUUUUCCACCGAUUCCGCCUACCCAACAACAGAGAAAUUGGAAUAGUGGCAGCGAUGCAAUCGGUGGCGUUGAACCCAGCUGCUUGUUGCAGUUCGGCGCGGCGAAACCUGGAUCGUCCUUCUUCUUCGCCUUCAUCGUCGUCUCGCGUUCUUUGUGCUCAGCAGAAUUCCAGAGCCGUUGGAGUUAAGGGUCUGUCCGCGAGGGGUCGUAACCCACUUCGACGAGGUUUAUGUCGAUCUGUCAGGAGCCAAGUGCCUUUCCGGCGACAUCAAGUUGUGAAGGCGGUGGCUACUCCGGACCCUGUCGUGGAAUUACCCCUGACUGCAGAGAAUGUGGAGAGUGUUCUGGACGAAGUCCGGCCAUAUCUAAUGUCCGAUGGUGGUAAUGUGGCUUUACAUGAGAUUGAUGGAAACAUUGUGAGAGUGAAGUUGCAAGGAGCAUGUGGAUCAUGCCCGAGUUCUGUUGUGACGAUGAAGAUGGGAAUUGAGCGCCGUCUGAUGGAAAAAAUCCCCGAAGUUGUGGCUGUUGAAGCUAUUCCUGAUGAAGAGACUGGCCUUGAACUGAAUGAGGAAAACAUAGAACAGGUGCUGGAAGAAAUCAGACCUUAUCUAAUCGAGUCAGCAGAUGGGUCGCUGGAGCUCGUGGAGAUAGAGGAGCCAAUCGUGAAGAUAAGAAUCACGGGACCCGCGGCUGGAGUCAUGACUGUUCGUGUGGCUGUCACGCAGAAACUGCGGGAGAAAAUCCCCGCGAUUGCGGCCGUGCAACUUCUGUAAGUUCUCAUCUGAUGUCUCCUUGGUUAAGGUUUCCUUAUGUGGGAGAAGCUUCUGUCAGCUCCUCGUACCGUACGGUUUGCAUACUUUGGUGAUGAAAAUAAUAUUUGACAUGGAAUCUCUCCCUGCUUAUGUUCCAAAAGUACAUUAACAUACUUGAAUUUUCUUUUUUAUACACUCUAA